AGAUGUUAAAUGACUGCUGGCCACAGAGCUUGAGCAGACAAGAACGCGGAACUCUGAGCAGCACAUCAUGAAUUUAAAGCCCUUCAAAACUCUGCUACCACAGCUGAAUUUGGGAGCUACUUUGAUGUUGUCACUCGCCUUAGUGACACCGAUUCGCUGCCAGCGGCCGGUAAACUGUGGAUGGGGGUCUUAUGGAGAUUGGUCUGAGUGUGAUGGAUGCACCAGGACACAGGUCCGGACUCGUCACGUGAAUGUCUAUGCUCAGUUUGGUGGGGCACCAUGUUCAGGUGGAGCCACUCAAACGCAGUCAUGCGUCCCACAGAGGAAAUGUCCCCUGGAAGCCAGCUGUGGAGGCAGAUUCCGCUGCACCUCCGGUCAGUGUUUAAGUCCCUCUCUGGUGUGUAACGGAGACCAGGACUGCGAGGAUGGUCUGGAUGAGCGAAACUGUGACCUAGACAACAGACAGUACUCAUGUGACCUUGACAAAACACCUCCCAACUCUGAGAUAACGGGCAGAGGGUACGAUGUGCUAUCAGGGAAACUGAGGGCAGGUGUCAUCAACACUCUGAGUUUUGGAGGACAGUGCCGGAAAGUCUUCAGCGGGGACCACAAAGUGACAUACAGACUGCCGCAGAACAUCCUCAGAUACAACUUUGAGGUGCAAGUAGACAAUGAAGAGAGUGACGAGUCCUACGAGAGCUCCUGGUCUUACACGCAGCACAUCCAGGCCAACGCCUUGAUUGGACAUGACCGCCGUACCUUUCACAAAGAGCUCACAGACAGCAAGGCCCACAGACUCAUAAUCUUGAAGAAUAAGGUGGAGCUGGCCCAGUUUCAAAACUCUGCCCCUCAGUAUUUGACUUUGUCGGAGGGUUUCUGGAAGGCCUUGUCAUCUCUGCCCCUCACGUACGACUACUCAGCCUACCGCCAGAUCCUGCAGCUUUAUGGUACACACUACCUGUCAGAGGGUUCACUGGGAGGAGAAUACCAGGGCUUGCUGGAGUUCAAUCUUCAGGCAUUCUCAUCAACUAGUACAACGGAUAUUGACUACCAGAGAUGUUGGAGAAAAGUGAAGCGGUUUCUCUUCUUUAAGAAAGUUAAAACCAUCUGCGAAAAAGUUAGAAAAUCUCUGAGCUCAAGCUCCAGUGGCAGGGUAAACACAAAGCCCAUUAAGGUCAACGUGUUUGGAGGAGAUCCAACUUUCAUUAGUGCUCUGUCUGUUCUGGAUCUGGAAAAGCCAGAGGUCAACGGAGAGAUCUACCAUGACUGGGCCUCUUCUGUCAAAGACUUCCCAGAUGUCAUCGAUCAGAAGUUGCGCCCUCUGUAUGAGCUGGUAAAGGAAGUGCAGUGUGCAGGUCUGAAGAAGCUCCACCUGAAGAAAGCGACAGAGGAGUACCUUGCAGAGGAGCAUCCCUGUCACUGCCGGCCCUGCCAGAACAAUGGCCAACCGAUGCUGACAGGCACCGAGUGUCGCUGCGCUUGUCGGCCUGGAACAUCAGGACCAGCCUGCGAGAGGGGAGCUGUGAUUGGAGAGCAGCCAGGGGUGCUCCAUGGCAGUUGGAGCUGCUGGUCAUCCUGGUCAUCCUGCUCUGGUGCUCAGAGAUCAAGGACCCGGAGCUGCAUCAACCCUGCUCCCAGCAGAGGUGGACGCCAUUGUGUGGGGCAACAGAUGGAGCAGAAACCUUGCGAUGAAGCAGGCAUCCAGUACUUACAGAUGAUGGAGCCCCACUGUUUUAGUCUUUCUGUAACCCCACCGAAAACAUGUGCGCCACCUCCAAAUCUGGGGAAUGGAUUUGUCCGGAACCCUAAAGAUUUUUACACAGUUGGAAGCACAGUGGAGUACUCCUGCAUAGACGGGUAUUACCUCAGUGGACACGCCGUGGCCACAUGUGCUGAAAACCAGAAGUGGAGUACAGGAGCGAUGGUUUGUAAAAGUUCUAUGUGUGAGAUUCCUUCAGUGAAUAGUUUAGUUAUGGUCACGCCCAGUAAAGCAGCCUAUCAGAUUGGAGAGAGUGUGUCCCUGUCCUGUCCUGAGGGGUCGGUUCUGGGCAAUGAGGUGUCUGAUAUUAUGUGCUCUCCCAGUCUGCAGUGGUCUCCUUCUCCUGCUGAGGUUCACUGUAAAUCAGGGCCCACCGCUCACCCUCCUCCUGCCAGUUUGAGAUGUAAACUGUGGGAGAGUGUAGGCAAAAGUGGCUGUGUGUGUAAAAUGCCCUUUCAGUGCUUAACAUCUCUGCAGCUGUGUGCCAGGAGUGGCUCAAACUCAAGAAACUUAGUAUUAGGAAUUUGUAAACUCGGAGCACUUCAGUGUUUAGGGAGAAACUUCACGCUGGCCAGUGACAGUGACUGUGACUGGCCGGAAGAGACAUUCACAUCCUGUGAGGACUGCAAACCAGGGACAGUCUGUCAAGAAUCAGCAAGAAAAUGCAUUUGUCAGGAUGCAUCCCAAUGCCCGAAAGACUCCAGCCUCCUGUGCAUUAGCCUUGAUGAUGGCACUGCCAUGACCAUGACGGAGUGUGAGGUGGGGGCCAGGCGGUGUGCCGGUGAACACGUCAACGUGACAAACAUUGAGGCUUGUCCUGAGUAAGGAAGAUUAUUGAUAGGUUUCUUUCCCUGUAAAAAAUUCAGUAACUCUUUUCUUUGUUAGAAAUUUAUAAAUUAAAAAAAUGUUCACUGUCACGGAGGACUUACGUUUGAUGAUGUCUUGGAUA